AUGAGCACAUCGACAUUUCGUUCGCUGGUCUGCUCACGCGGCCGGCCAGAGCUCCUCAAGACGGGCCAGGCUCUCAAGACUUACUUUCGCGACUUUUCCACAACCCAAUCGCUCGCCGCCGACGAUGCCACCACAUCGCCGAGUCACAGCAGCAACGACAGUCCGGGACGAGGAAGCUAUGCCCGUCAGCGCGGACGCGCCGCGGCGUCCGCCAUCAAUACCAUGGUGAGGGACCGUGCGCCCUACGGUGACGGGCCUGCCGGUGGUGCUCCGACCGACGCGGGAGAGGGUGGUGGCCCCAAGGUCCUCGACGUUCGCAGCUUGCCCCGGGGCCUGGAGCGUGGGCGAGGCGGCUUCCGCGGCCGUGGCGACUUUCAGGGCCGCGGCGACUAUCAGAGCCGUGGUGGCUUCCGGGGUCGCGGUGACUUCCAGGGCCGCGGUGACUUCCAGGGUCGAGGUGACUUCCAGGGCCGCGGUGACUAUCAGAGCCGUGGCGGCUUCCGGGGUCGCGGUGACUUCCAGGGUCGAGGUGACUUCCAGGGUCGAGGUGACUUCCAGAGCCGAGGUGGCUACCGGGGUCGCGGUGACUUCCAGGGUCGCGGUGACUUCCAGAGCCGAGGUGGCUUCCGGGGUCGCGGUGACUUCCAGGGCCGCGGUGACUUCCAGGGUCGCGGCGGCUUCCGCGGCCGUGGCGGCUUUUCUGCGGCCGAGGGCUCCAACCGGUUCGUCCAGGGCGGUCGAGGCGGGCGCGGCCGAGGCGGCUUCAGAGGGGGCCGCGGUGGCGGCGAGAAAAGGGAGCCUCGUGGCGGCGGUGGCGGGCGCGGCGGUAGGUCCUCAGUUGACCCGUACGAGAUCAUGGACGAGGCGGAGACAGCGCUCGAUGCGGCGGUGCGCUUCCGCCAGCCGGCGCAGUACACGCCCGACCUCGACGUGCCCACGCUGCUCGAACACGCGCCCGCUGUGCCCACGAGCACGAGCGGCCGCCGCGCCGCUGUUCUAGAGAGCCUGCAGGCCAUGGGCGGCGGCACGGGCGAUCUGGUCGGCGCGGCCAGCGGAUACCUGCCGGACGCGGUCGAGGGCCGGGUGCAGCAGGACGGGCUUGCUUUCUUCGCCACGGCAGAGUCGCGCGCCUGGGCAGAGGACCAGCUGCAAGCCAAGCAAAGUGAGGCGGCAGUAGCAGGCGAGCAAAGUGAGGCGGCAGUAGCAGGCGAGGAGGCCAAGGCGGACGAGGUGACACCCGUCUUCUCAUCUGCCGGCGACGCCGUGCAGAAAGCGGUCCUCGACGCGGCCGUGGCCGGCGUGCACGAAACACCCACCUUCGCGAGCGACGUGCACGGCAUCGUGCGCGCGCAACACCUGCGCGCCGGCACCUACGGGCCCGCCGCUACAGACAUGUUUGAGGAGAAGCUGGAGAGCCUAGUUGGAGCCCCCAAGCCUUCUGUGGUCGCUACAGACGCUACGCCGGCCAACACUGAAGCAGAGGCCAAGAGUGAAGCAGAGGCCAAGAAUGAAACAGAGGCCAAGGAUGAAGCAGAGGCCAAGAAUGAAGCAGAGGCCAAGAAUGAAGCAGCAGAGGUCAAGGAAGCAAAGGCUUAA